GUCUGUUCUCCUGUAAACAAUGACGAGCCAAAGUUCCAAACAAGGCGACUGACGGGUUGAGGCACAGCGACGGCCACCACCUGGUAACAGCUGAUGUCAGUGCAAGGAAGAGCAAAGGGCACGUUUAAAGAGUGAACGAUGACUUUAUAUCGUGUAUUACAAACAGGUUUUAGGAAAGGGAGUCGAAGGCCUUCAACACACCGAUGUGUCUGGUCUCAGCAGACCACAACAGACCUUCCGACUGAAGUCGUUGAUUACGAUGACAAGAGCCAAUAUGAGGACAUAAUCGAGAAGAAAAGAAACAAAUCCAGACUAAACACAAGGCACUUCCAAGAAUUUCACAAACUGUCUAGACAGUUAACAGAAGAUGAGGAGCAGGCAUUUAGAUUGUCGUACCAACGUAAACUGUAUGGACUACACGGUGCUGCUAGUGGGAUCAAUCCUGCUAAAUUAUGGCCAAGUAUGGAGGAAAUGAAUUGGAAUAAAGAAUAUGAAAGAGUUAGUUGUCCAAAUUCUAUACAUGAAAUGAUUAAUAAGGCAAUAAAAUUGAAGGAGGAGGAACAGCGGAUGCUGAAACAAAGGCAAGAGGACUUGGUGCACAAGGUGGCCAAAUUGGAAGGAUGGAAGAAGGAAGUCCGUCAGCGUAUUGAGAAACAAGAGAAGGAGGCACAAGAAGCUAAGGGAAAGAAGGAACGCCUUAUUGAAGAGGUACGUCAGAUCCUUGGUUAUCGCAUUGAUCCAAGGGAUGAGCGCUUCAAGGAGGCUCUGUUACAAAAAGAACAAGCAGAAAGGAAAGCAUCCAAAGCUGCUAAAAAGUUAGAACGACAGCAACGUAUGAUUGAGAAAUUGAAGAAAGCUGCCAGUAAUGAGACAGAUGCUAAAACAACCCAUGAAAACAAACCAUCAGAGGAUUCUUUGUGAUUUUAGAUGAAAUAGACCACUGAACACUGCUAAACUUUCGUGAAUCCUGCUAAAAUCACACACCCUAGCGAUUUUUUUUUUUUGCCAGUGUAAAUGGAGCAUGUAAAGGCCUGCAUGCUGCUUCAUUUUCAUCAAUUCAAAGCAUUGAGAAUAGUAAAUCACACUGUGAAAUUUAUUCUACUUGGUGAGUGGAAUAUUUUGGUAUUGUAUAUAUUCCUUAAAGUUAAAUAAUUUUUGUGUUCCUCAUAA